CUGACCUACGCUUAGCGCAAAGAGGAAGAAACAAUGCUUGAGGUGAAGAAAGAAGCCUUUGGUGAAUUGCCUCUUGGCGGAGGAACCGUGGAAAAAUUCCUGCUCACAUCCGACACAGUCGAAGUGGAAAUAAUAACCUUAGGCUGCAUAAUCACCUCCUUGAAGACUAAAGACAGAAACGGAAAGUUUUCGGACAUUGUUUUAGGCUUUGAUCAUUUGGAAGGAUACAUCUGUAAGCACCCCUAUUUUGGAGCUACCAUUGGACGGGUGGCUAACAGAAUUGCCAAAGGGAAAUUUACAGUGGAAGGACAUGAAUACCAGCUGGCCCUCAAUGAUGGAUCCAACAGUUUGCAUGGAGGAGUCAAAGGGUUUGACAAGGUUAUCUGGUUCCCUGAAAUCCUGCCAGAUGGUGUCCGCUUUUUCAGAAUAAGUCCAGAUGGUGAAGAGGGAUAUCCUGGUGAGCUGAAAGUGUGGAUAUCAUAUACACUCAAGGAUGGGGAGUUAAUAAUUAAUUACAGGGCUCAAACUAGUAAGACUACACCAGUCAAUCUAACAAACCACGCUUACUUCAAUCUUGGAGGUCAGGGCUCAUCCAAUAUCUAUGACCAUGAGUUUACCAUAGAGGCAGAUUGUUACUUGCCACUGGAUGAAACUCUGAUUCCAACAGGAAAGAUCACACCAGUGCAGAAUACUCCAUUUGACCUGCGAAAGCCUAAAGAACUUGGGAGUCAUUUGCAGAAGUUUCAGCUGAAUGGAUUUGAUCACAACUUUUGUUUGGUCCAGAGAAAAGAACAUUUCUGUGCCAGAGCUUAUCAUCCUCCUAGUGGCCGAAUGAUAGAAGUUUAUACAACUCAACCUGGUGUUCAAUUUUAUACAGGAAAUUUCUUGGAUGGGACUCUAAAGGGUAAAGAGGGCCAAGUGUACCUCAAGCAUUCUGGUUUCUGCCUUGAAACACAAAACUGGCCAAAUGCCGUGAAUCAGUCUAAUUUCCCAGACGUCCUGUUGUACCCAGAAGAUGAAUAUAAUAUCACAACAUGUUUCAAGUUCUCUGCAUCUUAAAUGAAAUCAUGAACCUGAACGGGAUCUACGUGGCGAUACAGAUCUGGAUCUACGAGGAGACAGAGAUCUAGAUCUGCGAGCUGAGACAGACCUGGAUCUAAAUGGAAACAGAUUUACAGUUAUACUAUUCUUUGCCUGCUAAAGCUACAA